AUGGCUAGAGACCGUAGUUCGGCCCAGCAUGGGGUUGCGCAGUUGCUCAAUAAGAUUAAUGACCCCGAUCCAGAUAUUCGUUUCAUGCAACUCAGCGACCUCACAGAGAUCUUAGAGUCUCCCUCCUCCGAAUACAUACGGACCGACCAUCAUACUGCCGCUCGCAUCAUCGAUGGCCUACUUAAGGCUUUGGCAGACCCGCACGGCGAAGUCCAGAACCAGGCUCUGAAAUGCAUUGCUCCUCUUGCUGCCCGCAUACCGGGCGAGACUAUUGCGCCUCUUAUCGACAAGCUCACCGAUCUCACCAAUACCGACAUCGAUAUCUCCAUUCCCAAUUCUGCAUUACGGGCUCUGAUUGCAGCCAUGCCUCAGCCCAAACCAAACGAAGCUCCGGCUCAAGAUGUAAAAGAUGCAUAUGGCGCCGUCAGCAAAGUUCUGAUUCCAAGAUUGGUCGGUCAUGUGGUUUUGCCGUCAAGCAGACCGCCACCUCAACUGCCGACAGGCCUGUUAGAGAGACAGAGAGACAAAGGCUUCAGCAGUGAUGCAGUCGAUGUUUUGAUCGAAAUCAUCAAAUGUUAUGGGUCAAUGCUUCAGGAGUUAGAACUGGUGGCAUUAGCGAAGGCAGUGAUGAACAUCAUCGAGAGUCCGCAGGCUGGAGGCGUGGUCAAGAAACGGGCUUUGGCAGGGAUAGGAACGUUGCUGGUCCACUUCAAUGAUUCACAGCUCACCUCUUUUGUUGCUGCCCUCACAGAGAGCUUGCGAAACCCUCAGUUAACUACGGAACACCGGAGAUUUCUUGUUGCGACGAUCGCGACUCUUGCCCGCUCGAGUCCAGCAAAGUUUGGGCCUUUCCUCAACGACGUCGUUCCCUACGUCCUUCAAGCCCUGAGUCAAAAAGAGAUUUCACCCGUUGCCUCCGUGUCGGACGAGGAUGCAGAGGUUGAUCCAGAAGUUGAGGAAUUGCGAGAGACUGCCCUCGUUGCACUUGAGGCGUUACUCGGAUCCUGUCCGCAUGAAAUGAAACCCCAUCUACCAAGCGCUAUUGACGCUGCAUUGAGGUAUCUCAAGUACGACCCCAACGUUGCAGAUAUGGAAGACGACGAGAUGGGGGAGCCCGAGGACGAGGAUUCUGAUGAUGGCAUCACAGAAGAAGCCCUCGAGGACGACGACGAUGACGAUGCGACGUUGCGCGGCAAAAGCCUCUACACCAUCAUUUCAGGCUCCCCCGCGAGCGACAGAGGCAUGCUCUUCGGCAAGAUCGCCCCUGUUCUCAUCUCUAGGCUAUUCGGGGAGCGCGAAGACAAUGUCCGGUUAGAGGUCAUUGCAGCUACCACCGCUUUGAUUCGAAAGACGGGAUCUGGUCUGUCCGAGUCACUCACAAGGGUCGAUUCUUCAGAAAAUCCAGCAAUGCCUACCAACACUCGCAAGCGGAGACGGCAAGACAGCGAAGCCGACAAGAAGGAUCCAGAUCUCCGGGGUCUCGUCUCCAUUCGAUCCAGUCCUCCUAUUGUCCCAGCCUCCCCACCGACGGGGUCGCAGGCUGAGCUUGUCGGUCUGGUACCAAAGAUUGUGCAGGCACUUACAAAGUUGUGGAAGAAAGCAAGCAUAGCACUGAAGCAGGCUGCAGUUGUCAUGCUCAAGACUUUAACGUUGGCAAGAAAUGGAAUCUUGUCGGAUCACCUGCAGCAGCUGGAAGAUGCCGUUGCAGAUGCUUUGAAGCCGUCGUCGAGCUCAGGGUCCAGUGGUGCGGUAUCAGGCACCUCCGCAACAGCUGCCAGUCUUCAAAUUGAGACGUUGACUUUGAUCAGUGCCAUUGCGGAGACUAAUGGUACUACUGUGCUGAUUCCGUUUGUCAUCGCGCUCAUCCCUCCUAUCACAGCUAUUGCUCGUGAUCGAAACUAUAAAGUUUCAACGGAAGCUCUUGUCACGGUUGAACAGUUUGUCAAGGCUCUGACUCCGCCUCGGCUGCCUACUGCCAACCAAGACCAUGCUAUACACAUUGAGAAGCUCUGGGAAGUCAUAAUCGACCGCGUUACCGACAAUAACACUGACCGGGAAGUGCGACAUCGUGCUAUUCAGGUAUUUGGUGUUCUUAUGGCGAGGACAUCGGGCACUCAACUGCUGUCAAGCUCAGCUAGGGUUAGGAGCCUUGGGAUCCUAAGUGACAGGUUGAAGAACGAAACCACCAGACUCGCGAGUGCGAGAGCAAUUGGUCGCAUCGGUGAGGCCGCGAGCAGUCACGAUAAUAUCGGUUCUGCGUGGGUUCAAGAAGUUUCCCUCGAGAUGGCCAGUCAACUCCGCAAAGCUGAUCGAGCUCUCCGAGGUUCCUGCCUGGAAUCCUUACAAUAUCUUGCUUUGAACCCUGUGACAUCCUCAUUGUACGAAACUACCACGAUCCUGCAACUGCAAGGCAUGUUGAUGCCUUUGCUUUCCGUUAACGACCUUCAGUUGUUAACUCCAACACUUGUCAUCAUGUCCAAGAUCAUCCCCACCAAUCCCCAAGCUCUAGUUACCUUGGAGCUGGUCGAAGCGCUGUGUCCCAUUUCGCAAAAUCGGAUCGAAGGCCCUCCUCUCCGAGCUUUCCUGCUCCUGGUGAAAGUCAUUGGGGAGCAGGGAGUCGGAGCGUUGCUCAUGAAACAUCUCCUCACCAUUGGGACCACCGGCGAGACUAUGGUUCUCGGAAGAGCUAUCGGCACAUUACUAGUCUACGGUGGCGACAACCUCAAUAUUACGAUAGCUGAUUUUUUAAACGAACUCGAAUCGUCCCAAGACGUGCGAGCCAUCUGCUUGGCCUUGACGGUGCUCGGAGAGGUUGGAUUCAGGAUGGGACCGAAGUCGCCUGUGAAUAUUCACACCUUUAUCCGUUGUCUCUCAGCCGAAUCAGACAAAGUCCGACUCUCUGCCGCCAUUGCACUGGGCAGUGCGAGUUCCAACAACAUUUCGGAAUGUGUGCCUAUCAUCCUGCAGAGCUUGACACAGGAAUCGACAUCUGACUAUCUCUAUUUGCACUCUGUCAAGGAGAUUCUCGAACACUCUGAAAGCUCCUUGGGAGAGAUGGCUCCAUAUGCAGCGGAAUUGUGGCAGAAACUCUUCGCAGUGUCACAGGUCGAGGACAACAGCGCGGUCGGAGCCGAGUGUAUUGGUCGAUUGGCCACGAUCGACCCAGAUACAUACGUCCCUGAGCUCUCAAAGGCACUGGCAGACCCGAACCCCUUGGUGCGUGGCACUGUCAUUUCCGCCUUCCGGUUCACGCUGGGCGAAGCCAGCAACUCGUACAACAACAUUCUCAUCAAGACCAUGACGCCCAUGCUUCAGAUGAUGCUGAGUGACAACGACCUAUCCAAUCGACGUCUGGCCGUCACCACACUCAAUGCCGCAAUUCAUAACAAACCAGAACUCGUCAUUCCCGAUGUAGGCCAACUCCUCCCUACAGUCUUGGAGGACUCGAAAAUCAAGCCCGAACUUGUGAAGCAGGUCAAAAUUGGGCCCUUUACACACACUGAAGAUGCAGGUCUCGACCUUCGGAAAUCUGCGUAUGCGACCAUGUACGCUCUGCUAGAUUGCCCCGGCGCGAUCCCGCAUCUCCCUAUCCCCAGGAUCUUUGACCGCAUCCUAGACGGGAUCCCCGAUGACCACGAUAUCCGCACCUUGUGCAUCCUUAUGCUGGGUCGCCUAUCCGUGAUUGAACCUGACCAGAUACCCCGUCGAUUGCCCUUUCUGGCCGAAAAGUUUCGGGUGGUUUUGGGUGCGAAAUUGAAAGAGAACGCCGUCAAGCAGGAAAUUGAGAAAGUGAAUGAAGCAAACGCCGCGGUAGUGCGGAUCACUCUGGAACUGGACAGGAAGUUUCCAAAUGUGACGGUGGAAGGCAUCGGCGGCGAAUUGAUCUCAUGGAAAGCCUAUGUCGAGUUUGUUAAGAGAGAAUUUGCGAGCAUGGUGAGAAAUGUGCAGAUGGAAGGGGCAUAG